UCGCGCGACGUGCUUCAACCUAACAAACGAACACCCUGUGCAAGGAUGACGACACCGCCGGCGGUCAAGUGGACGCAAGUCGGACGAUCCGGGUGGCUGAUUCUUGUCCUGAUUCAGAUAACGCUGUUCUCCCGGGUAGAAUGCAGACCUCAGACAGGCCAAGAAACAGGAGUAAAUGUCGAGUAA